UUCUAUUACAAGGCUAUUUUUUUUUCUUCUAAAAAUUUGCAUUUUUUGUUACUUCACGCACUGCCAUCAUGGAUUUAAAAAAUCUCAAAAAAACACGUGCUUCUUUCAAAUCAAAGCUUACCAUAUUUAAAUCAUAUUUAGAGCCUCUUUUGUCUUGCCAGACGCUAAAUAAUUUACAAAAUCAUGAGCUAAAUACUAGAUUCAACAAAAUCCAAGAUAUGUACAAUGAUUUUGAUUCAGUUCAAACUGACAUCGAAAAUUUAACGGAAAUUCCAGGUGACGAGCACACAGAACGGGAAAAUUUCGAGACAAGCUACUUCGGCGCCUUGGCUGCCGCACAGGAGCUGCUCAGCAAGCACGCCGCGGCUGGUGCUGCCUCUGCGGCGCCGGAGGACAAUCUGGUAACGGGACGAACGCUCACUAUGAUACCUGCUCCCUUGGUGCAAGACUCGCCGAUACAUACCCUCGCGAGAUAUCAGAGAAUAGAUGCGCUAAAAGCGCAUUUUUGGAAUCGUUAUUAUAAGGAAUUCAUUUCAGAACUGCAGGUCGGAAACAAAUGGCGCAGGAAUGGAGGCCAGCUGAAGCUCGGCGAGAUGGUUCUCGUCAAAGACGACCGCUUGCCCCCCAGCAGAUGGCUGCUCGGGCGAGUCGCCGCAGUCUACCCGGGCGACGACGGAGUCAGCCGCGUCGCUGACGUCACCACCACCACAGGGACGCUGAGGAGGGCCUACAACAGGCUCUGCCCGCUCCCACUGACAUUGGACCAGGAUGGUCCAAGGGGGCCAGCUUGUUAGCGCGCCCCACUAGAGGACUCGCAGACCGGGGCCCCGCCUCCCGCGCCC